CCAAAAAAAAGUUUAUCCAAUCAAAUUAUUAUUAUUAUUAUCCUCAUUAUUAUCAUGAUAAGAACUGUUGACUAUAUUAAGAGAAUAUAUAAGUAUAAUAAUGACUGUAAUUAGUCCUGUUCUUGGCAAUAUGACUUAUUAUUACAUAAUACAGAAUGGAAAUAAUAAUUACUAUUACAUAAUAUACAAUAAUAAUAAUGAUAAUUUAAUUCAAAUAAUCGAUAUGUGACAAAUAUGGAAUUAUGGAGGCAAAAUGCCAAAAAUUACAUGAUCUUUCUUAUAUUGAUUAUUAUAUUCAUUAAUCAAUUGAUUAAAAUUAAAGGAAUAUGUAUGAAAUCAUCAACUGAAUCUAUAGCAAUUACAUAUGAAAUUAUUGAAGAAUCUAUAACACCAAUGAUUGUAGGUAAUUUAAAAAAAGAUUUAUGUAUAGAUCAAUAUCACAAUCAAGAUACAAAUGAUGAAUUACUAUUACAUAAUAAUGAUAAUAAACAAGCCAUUACCCAUGAAUUUGUAUUAUUUCCUACAUCACAACCAUUUUAUCAAUAUUUUAAAAUAAAAACUGACAUAGUAACAAAUUAUAAUGAACAAUAUUUAAUAUUAAAUCAAUCAAUUGAUCGUGAACAAUUAUGUAGUAUAACAAAUGGAUUACAUUCAAGUCAUUCAAAAUUAUUACAAUCCAAUUAUAUAAAACAACACCAAUAUGAACAACAACAACAACAAUCACAAUAUUAUAAUGAUGAUAUGAAUACAUUAUGUAAUUGUAAUCAUUUAUUAGGUUGGUGUACUAUUUAUUUACAUUUAGCCCUUAUACCAUUCUAUAAUAAUCAAUCAAAUUAUCAAAUUGAUUUAUUGAAUAUAUCAUUAUUGAUUAAUCAUACACAACAAAUUAAAAAAAAAUAUUGA